GUUAUGGAGAAACUGAAUGUGUUGUUUAAGGGCUACUCUGACUAUCCUCCAACAGCGUUCAUCAUGUGUGGAAACUUUCUGUCAUCACCAAAAGUGAUGAGUCAUGCCAAAACAUUGAAAGAUUGCUUUCGGGAUUUGGGAGCAUUGCUGUCCAACUACCCAAAAAUUAUCAGUACAAGUCAGUUUGUGUUUGUUCCUGGCCCGAAUGACCCGGGUCAUUCUACUAUCUUACCGAGACCAACCAUUCCAAAUUCCAUAACAGAGGCUUUCCGAAAGAAAGUUCCUGGAGCUGUAUUUACAUCAAAUCCCUGCCGGAUCCAGUACUGCACACAAGAAAUUGUUGUGUUUAGAGAGGACAUUGUGACGAAAAUGUGCAGGAACUGUGUGAAAUUUCCUGCUGAUGGGAAUGUUCCAACCCACUUCGCCAAGUCACUGAUCAGUCAGGCUCAUUUAUGUCCCUUACCUCUGCAUGUGAGUCCAAUCUACUGGGCAUAUGAUAACGGGCUGAGGCUCUACCCGUUGCCUGAUGUGAUUAUAACUGCCGACAAAUUUGACCCUUUUACAACCACAGCUGUUUCUGCUACCAUAGUCAACCCA